AACAAUUUCCUAAUACAAUACCACCACCCUCAUCUAAUUCAACUACCAAUACUCGCCAAUAUUUUACUCAACUUCGACGACCAAUCAAUGAAAAUUUCUCUAUAUUACCAAUUUCAUCAUCAUCGGAAUUAAAUCGUUAUCUCGCGCUUCCUAUUGAUGAGGAAACGGAACCUCUUUUAUGGUGGCAAGCACAUACAAAGGAGUAUCCAAUCUUAAGUAAGAUGGCACAAGAUUAUCUUUCAAUCCAAGCCACCAGUGUCGCAUCUGAGCAAGCAUUCUCAGUUGCAGGAAAUACGAUUACUAAAACACGUAAUCGUUUGUUAUCAGAAACGGCAAGAGCAUGUCUUU